UCCUUUCUUCAAACUUACCCAUCCUUAGGUUUAACCUUUAGAUUAUUUCAUUUACCAUGUUAAUUAAUAAACCAGUACAAAUACAGAGUGCCAAUCCAAUCUGUCGCUGAAGCAAAAAAAAAAAAAAAAAAGAUUGAUUAUCAUCAACUUAUCAGGUUGGUGAAAUAUUUCUCUCCUUAUUAUUCCCAAAUUCUGAAUCAGAAACAAGAAUCUCAAAGUUUGUAAAACAGAAAAGGUCAUUAAAGGUAACAGAAAGAAGAAGACAUGGGAAGUAAGUCGUACGAGGACGCGAUUGCAGCUUUGUCGAAGCUUCUCAGAGACAAAACUGAUCUCGGCAGCGUCGCCGCCGCAAAAAUAAAAAAGAUAACAGCCGAGUUAGAGUCAGCUGCCUGUCCCACUCAGUUCGACGCGGUCAAGCGGAUCGAAACCGGUUUCCUUCACUUCAAGACAGAAAAAUAUGAUGUUUUUUGCAGGAAAAAUCCUGAUUUGUACGGUGCACUUGCCAAAGGCCAAAGCCCCAAGUUUAUGGUAUUUGCAUGCUCGGACUCUCGAGUCUGCCCCUCUCACAUCCUGGAUUUGCAACCAGGGGAGGCUUUUAUGGUCCGAAACAUAGCCAACAUGGUCCCGCCCUACGACAAGACAAUGUACUCUGGAGUUGGUGCGGCCAUUGAAUAUGCAGUUCUGCAUCUGAAGGUGGAGAAUAUUGUAGUUAUUGGACACAGCUGCUGUGGUGGUAUCAAAGGGCUCAUGUCUAUCCCAGACGAUGGGACCACUGCUAGUGAUUUCAUAGAACAAUGGGUUAGCAUCUGUGCACCUGCAAAGACCAAGGUGAAAUCAGAAUAUAGUGGGCUGAGUUUCUCAGAGCAAUGCACCAACUGUGAGAAGGAGGCAGUGAAUGUUUCUCUAGGGAACCUACUGACAUAUCCAUUUGUGAGAGAGGCUGUAUUGAAGAACACCCUUGUCCUAAAAGGUGCACAUUAUGAUUUUGUUAAUGGAAAGUUUGAUCUCUGGAAUCUCAACUUCCAGAUUACACCCACUUUGGCUGUAUGAGUAUUUUGCAUUUUCCCCAUAUAGUAAAGCGUCUUUUGCUAUGCUGCUUGUAUAUUCCCCCAUGAAUACCAUUCCCAGAGAAUAAAAGUGGUCGGGUCAUAUCUUGUUCCACUCUGUGUUUAAUUUCCUCUGUGAAAAAUGCAAAGAGAAAGUCCUGCUUUGACUAGACAA